CCAGCUUCUUUCGUAUGAAGUGUAUGUGCAUGUGUGCGCGUGGAUAUAUAUAUAUAGAGAGAGAGAGUGUGUGGAUGUGUGUGUGUGUGUGGAUAGAUGUGUGCGUAUGUGUAUGUGUGGAUGUGGAUAUGUGUAGGUAUGAUCGGCAGAUGGGUUUAUAAUACGGACACCAUACCAUAUACACCACACCGACAAACAGAGACACCGGCAUAAACACGCAGAUUGCUCGCGUGCCCUGCUCGCCCUGUUCGCCCGUCCUCCUGCUGGCCCGUCCGCCCACUUUUUUCUCUCUCGCUUAUCCCUUUCCCCUUCAUUCUAACGCGACCCUCCCAGGAGAGCAUAUCCGUCUCACGGAUGUAUGCUGUGCGUGUUGGCCUCGCCCUCCUCUCCUCUGCUGUUCUCCACCCGCUCGCGCUCUCUUUCUCAUCAUCCGUAACCCAGCGCCAGCGCGGCGCACAAAAUCCUCUUCCGCACCACCUACGAAGACACCUGGAAAAAGGACCAGAAUCUGUCCCCGGAUUAUGCGUAUGCUAUGGUAUCACAAUGCGCCACGCGAGGCAAGUUAAACCAGAGAAGCGGCAUCCACCGUCCACACAUAACUCCGAGAUGCAUUCCUAUUAACUUGGUCGCCUUGCGCGACACAGCGCUUCUGC